CAUAUCCCCCGAGCCCGGGGUGUGACGUCACUCUCCCAGAAUGCAUGGCUUCCAGCGCGGCGCCCAGCAGUCCAGGCCCGGACUCUAACAAACACCUCUAAAACUUCUUCCAAAAUGUCCAGAUGGAGACGGAAUGGAAGCUGGACGGAGAGCUGGACGGAGGCACAGUCGGUGUGUGAAGAUGUGGAGCUGCCUCUGUGAUUCAUCUGCUGUGACUGUGGAGUUUAGGGCUGCUGAAUACUAAAAUAGACUGAACCAGCACAAGAGCUCUUCUCAGGAAACACACAGACCCAGUCAGAGCUUUUAAAGCUCCUCAUCACCGCAGCCCUGUUGGGGUUGCUAUGGCAGCUGCUGUCACAGAAACCAAGUGCUGGACACAGGCUUGCCCCAGUAAGGCAGGACAGACCUCUAGUCAUUGCCACAAGAGACCAUCCAACAGUCAACAAACAGCACUUAGCAAUAAUUCUAGCACUCUAAGUUAACAAAACCACCAGAGGUCUGCAGGCUGAUGCUCGGCUCUCUGGAGGAUCCUCAUGAGUCUUGUCUGUGUCUGCUCAGGCUCUUGGCCAGAGUCCCUGUGCAGCAACAGAGCCAGCUCUGUUCCCUCUGUUAGACCAUGUUUCACCAGCAGGACCAUCUGAAGAGCCAGCUGCAGGAGAGCCACCCAGCCAGCAGGCAACUCUUCCACUGCCAGGAGUGUGGGAAGCAGUACAACACCCAGCUGGGUUACAGACGCCACCUAGUGGCAGCCCACAGUGCUGCAGCAGGCCUGCCCUGUCCAGAGGGGGCGCCCUCCCUGCUGGAGCACCUUGGCAGCCAUAUUGACAGGCCUCCACCAUUAGAUGGCAACACAAAUGCUACUGUGCCAGUGAGAGAAAGGAAAUACUCGUGUGAGCGUUGUGACCGCCGUUUUUACACCCGUAAGGAUGUACGUCGUCACGCUGUGGUGCACACUGGGCGCCGUGACUUCCUGUGCCCGCGCUGUGCACAACGCUUUGGUCGCAGAGACCAUCUGACCCGGCAUUUAAAGAAGAGCCAUGCCCAGGAGUCAGGGUUGAUGCCACCCUGUACACCCAGCACUCCUGCAGCUACACCCAGCCCUGCCACCCAGUGCCCAGUGAAGGAGGAGCCUCGGCCUGUGGCCUCUGAUAUGGGCUCUGUCUCCAAGGAGCCCAUGGAGACUUUCUCCAGGGACAUGUACAAUUCUUACCCCAUGGCCAAUCCUGUCUCUGCGAUGGGCCACCCUCAUGGCCUCAUGCAGGGCUCUUUGUCCUCCAGUAUAGGUGUGGCUCGCCACAUGCCCCCCCAAUCUUCUCACCCUCACCACCAUCACCUGCAGCCCCCGGCAGCUCCACAACAGCAGCCCUACGGCAAUAUGACCAGGUACCAGCACGGAUCUACCUCAUAUCCUCGCACCGACGUGGACAGUUUUCUGCUGGACCUGCAGAGUGCCCCCCCACCUCACCUGAGUGCAGUCAGCUCCUCUACCUCUACUUCUGCCUCCCCUCAGAGGGAGGUACCGGGUGAAGGCGUAGGUGUUGGUGGUGACCCUCACCUGCUGUCCAGGAGCCCUGCUGUCUCCUCAACUGAGCUGUCCUGCACCACUAACAUGGACCUAGGGCCUCUGCUGGGCUUCUUGCCUUUCAGCCUGCCGCCCUACAGCCCUCACAUGGGGAUGGGAGGGCUAGUGAUGAGCUAUCCACCCACUACCACCACCACCUCCCCUCCAGCCUCUACCACUGGGCUGUCCUCCCAGGCUCCGGGGCCUUUCACCUUUUUCCAGCCUCCACAGGCUCAUGUACACCAGGGCCCUGGAGCACACAACCACAGCCAGCUACCUCAGGCAUACAGUAGUCCUGCUAUGAGCACUUCCAGCUCCCUACCUCACUACUACCAGGCCUUUCAGCAGUAAGCAGCUCUGUCCCUACAAAUGUUGCCUUCACAUGUGCUCAUGCUUUUUAAUGAAAAGGGGAAAAAAACAUGAGAACAGCAUCUUUAUUGUAAAACAAAUGUGUGACUUUAGCCUGUCAGUGCUAAUGAUGCUACUCUUAGUUUCUUUUUGUCGAACACAACAGAUCACCUCAUCAGUAUUACCUCAUUAUUUAAAAAGGAAGCUUGAACAUUUGAGGAAAUGUGUAAGGUCUCACUACAACCAAAGUAGAGUACUACUUGUGUUUGUCAGACCUGCUACCAACAGUGGAUGCACUUAACAUGCUUGUCACAGGUGCCGCACAAUGCUGAGUCAUCCAGUUUUAGGUUCUCAUGGAAAAUGCUACUGCAUUAGGGAAUGUCACGUUCCUAACUGAAGCUGACUUGAGAUUUUCUUCUUUUGAAAUAUUAGAGCAUGAACAACCUUACAGAGUGAGAAAAGUUGUCACAGGAUGUGCUCAGUUUGAGUCGUAAAUAUGUGCACGAAAAGGUUGAGAAUGCAAACCCCACUGUCUGUAUAUAUAGCUGAUGGUUAACUUACUAAAAUAUGCAGUAAAGAGCUUCCCAUCCAGCCAUCAGGCAUUAUACCUACUGAUGUCAAGUAUAUCAGCAGAUGGGAAAUGACCAUUAUUUCAAGUAGUGUAAAUUAAACCAUGUCUGUGGAAUUCAGAGUUAGCCCUUGUUAGCGCAAAGUCAUUAACAGUUGGUGAACAAGCAAGACUGCAUAUGUGCUAUCAGUUAACGAAACAACUAAAAAAUCAAAAAUAUCACACAAUCUUACUGGAAUUGAACUGCAAAUGCAUUUGAGAAAUCUGAAAUUCUAUAUUGAAGAAAUCAAAGCAGAUCAGCUUUUCAGGCCAGAAUUUCACAUUGAGGAUGUAAUAUCAGCAUGGUGACACAAACUCUAAUGCUAAAAAGCUACUGGUCAGGCAUCACUACUUUGCAUCAUUAAAUUAAAAUGCACUUGCGUUUCAUUUUCAACAUUGCAGGCCUUUAAAGGUUGAAGUCAUGCCAAAUCACACCAGGUGGGAAACUGCUGCUUCGCUGCUGCCUGUGGGUCAGCCUCUUUACAAAAAGAGUUGGUCAGAACACUUGACACUGUAGUUCCUGUUCAGACAGAGAGGUGUUGCUUACAAGAAAUGUUCUUUAGGUCCAUGUAACGUAUUUUCUGUAUUAUUUAAAUAGUUUGAAUUUUUUAGACACUGCAUGCACCUGUUAACUGCCAAUUUGCAGCCAGUGGUUGCACCAAUAUGAAAUUCAUUCAGACGUUUUAAUUGCUGUCAGUCACAACACGUUUGUUUCUUCUUCCCAGGAUUAAGAUUGGGUAUUGCUUGCUUUUUUUUCACCAAUACUGGUGCAAAAACAAUACUUUCAAAAUGGUACUGAUGCCUAAAUGGCACCUGAACCAAUAUUUUUUUUUCAAAAUAAAAAAAAACUGUUAAUGACACUAAAAAACAACUUUUUUCUUAUAAUUGUGAAGGCAGAUUAAAUCUUGAAAUUGUAACAGUAAAUGUUACAGUUUAAAGUACACUUAAAUAUAUAGAUAAAUACAAAGCAUUAUUAACAAAUUUGCCUCAUUUAAAAAAAAACAAACAAAAAAAAAAAAACAACCGCAAUAACGUAUCAUUAAAGAACAGUUACAGGACUACUAACAGCAAAAUAAAUUUUGAUUUGGGAUCUGUAAUUCCUCACUAACUCAGGAGAGACUCAGCAGACAGACAUUUCUCCAUUAUCUGUUUAGAAGAGGCUGAGACUGUCACAACAAUAAGAGCAGAGACGAGUGACUGAAUUUUGCAUUAUGAAUUGGUCCAGAAGGUACUUCAUCUUAUAAGAACUGGUGCCAUAUUAGCAUCGGGUUUCAAUGCCCAACCCCACUCGGGAUGCUCCUUACUCCUCUCUGUCUGAACGAGGCAUCACAAAGCAGUGCAGCAGCUGUAGUUCACCUAAAUCCCUUGAGUCUAAAAAGAUGAGCAGAGACCUUUUAAAUAGACAUUUGCAGACACUGUGUUCACCAGGUCACUAAUCUCAGGGUUGCUGCCUGUCCCAUAAAAUACAGAAAAGCACAGAUAGAUAUUAGUCCUGUUGGCAUCCCUGAAUGGGUUGGCUUGGAUCAGGGCAAGAUUAAUAUGUGACUUAAAGAAAAAAACGUGGUUGGAGCAUGUGCAGUUGAGUUUUGACAAUAGAUAAAAUGUUUCCCCAUCUCUGAAAACAAUCUGUGGAUGUUCAUUGACACAUUUUACAUCAUAUGGUGUCAACAAUAAUGCCCAGUGGACAUCUGCUAGUGUAGAAAUCAUCCUACGUUAGGGUUUGCGUGUGAUUCAUCAAACAUUCUCAUCAUGCCAAUUACAGUGUACGAAUGAUGGGCUGUUAAUAAAUGCGGGUGCAGAAAACCACUGUCAUUUACAUAUCAUGCCCCAAUGUAUUCUCGGCGUUGGAGCCCUGGCCUUGAGAGUUUACAACAUAUGGAGACACAAAAUAUGGCCAAAAGGAGAAACUUCUGUGAGCUAGUAAUUGAAAUGCUUAGACCCCAGAAAGUAUGAAAAAGCCAGUAUGGAAAGAAAUCACUGUUGUGGUACAAAUGUAACAGUGCAUUCCAGCUGAGGUUGGAAUAUUUAAUUUAUACAUUCAUCAUAUGUACUGACCUAAAGUCGACAUUUUAUAUUUGCCUAUAUAUAAUACUAAUAUUGUUACAGUAUUCAUAUAAGAGCUUAUAACAGACCGCAACCAUGAAGUUUGGGGCCAUCUGUAUAUUCUCAGUGCUGCUUUUUCAACAGGUGGUGGAGGAGAAAUAGAUGCUCUACCUGCGUCCGAGCUGGACAUCGGUAAAAAAUGUAAUGGCCCAAGCUACUAGUAUUUAAGUAAUUACACUGUUGCAGAGUGAAUUCUCUUCUUUUUAAUGAUAAAUGGUGGAAACAUGCUUUGACUUGUCAGUGUCUCAAAUAAAAGAUGGAUCAUUAG